GGAAAUUUAUAAAAACCCAAGUGCAGUGGAGUAAUGGCCAUUUCUGUGAAAGCAACAGCAGCAACAACUGCAGUAAAAAAGAUUACCACUUCGAAAAGUGAAACCAAAGUGAUAUUUCAACAAAAAACGGCUGCGAAAAGUAUCAACACAGACACGAAUAUGAUGCCAAGAAUAUUCCGACGUUUAUUAGUACUAUUUUUGCUAAUGCACUUGCAACUCUCGCACGCGGCACCACCGCUCUCCCCCAACGACAUCGACUACAAUGACAGCAACAUUGCGAGCGGCAACGGUAGUCCUGGCAAUACCUUAGGUAAUCUCUUCCGCGGCAACAACAACUACCCAAUGGAUUACAACAUGAUGUUUACACAUGUGAAGGACUUCUUCAUGUAUCUGCCGGUGAUGAUGACCACGCUGAGAGAGUCCAUGGCCGGUUUUCCGAAAUUCGCCGAAGGCAUACGUAUAUUAACCUCGAAAAAUGGACGCCUAGAAGGUGCAGACUGUAAUUGUGAGAAAAAUAGCAAUGAAAUUGACAGUCGACAAUAUGGUUGAGAGGUUCAGCGGUUAGUGAUGAAAGCAUAAGGUGAGGAGCUUCGUUGGUCGAAAGCUCUGAUGGCUCUGAAAGCUCGCGAAAGCUCUUGAAAGCUCUUUUAAUGACUAGUAUAUUAUUUUUUAUACAAUUUAAUCGAAUCGAAUCACAUUUUUCUUUUAUAAGUGCUUGUAAUUAAUGUAGUUAAACGUGUAAAUAGUAAAAUCGGCAAAUAUUUUCUUGACCAAAGAACACUGUGUUUUUUGUAUAACCUUUCAUCCUAUUUAUCACUAGUAUUCAAUCAGUUCGCGUUUCGUGGCCACAAAACUUAUAGAAAUGAGUCGCCGAUAAAGUAGCGAUGUCGCCACGCUGAUAAGUGUUACACGACUCCUUGUUAAACGUGCUCAUGUUGACUCCUUUGCAACUGUGCAUUGCUACUCGUAGGUUUCACGGUUGUCAUCGAAAUUAUAGUCCGCACCCACGUUCACUCAUAAUAUGUAAGUCUUUUCCAAUAGCAUCAUGUCACACGGCGUCGAGAGGCUUUGUGGUCAAACUUCUUUUGGUUGUGUUGAAAUCUUCGCAUAUGGCACAGUGUUCUGACUCUUGCACGGCAAAAUCGAUUUUUUUCCUGCGUAUUGGACCUAAUAAUUUUUUGGGUAGUAGGCCUCCAAAUUCGAAAUAGUAGCCUCAGAAAUUCUUGAAAAAUUUAUUUGGUUACUCAGCUGUGGGUUGUAUAGUGGA